CUUAAAAUAAAAUAAUCUAAUCUAAAAUAUGAGUGCUGCUAUGCAUAAAAUUCCUGCUAAAAUCUUUCCAAAAAUCUCUAAAAGUAACAAAGACAAGUUCUUUGAUGACUGAGAUAUCAGUGAUGACGUUCUUUCAGAGUCUUCUCUUUAUGCUAGAAGAAUUCGAGGUGGAUUUUUAAGUACAAAGACUAUUAACUCCUGCAUGUCUGGUCAAAGGCUCGAUCAGCCGCAGGCAAAACUAUUCAGUAGUCAAGAUCCAGCAAGAUUUAAUGAGCAGAGGCUUUCAAAGGCAAAGAAAUUUAAGCCUUCUAGAUUCAGAAAUCACAACCAAGACUCUAUCAGUAGUGACUCAGACAAAGAAUCAAGUCAAAAAUGUCCUUCUUUAAAGGCUGAGAUCAGCGGAUUAUUGCAGAAAAUAAUCAAGCUCAAGGAGAAAGAAACUCCUUUAUAUGCUAGGAAGAAGAAAUCUGUUCCUUUAUAUAAGAUGCCUCAUGUUGAGUCUAAAGACCAGGACUCAUUCUUUGUAACAAUGCAAGACAUCCAAAGUCCUGAUGAAGAACUAAAAUCGUUUAUGUAA